UGCGCCGGGCCGCGGGCCACGGGCCAUAUGGCCAUUUAUAGCUAAGCUCCUUCCCUACAUAAUUCCGUCAUCCAAAUUCAGCUAGCCGGCGUCCAUGGAGCUCAGCAAUCCAUUCUGCCACACCAUGGCAAUCCUGCUCGCCGUCCUCCUUGUUGCGGCGGCAGCAACAACCGAGGCGGACGGCGCCCUCUGCGACAAGUCCGACAAGGCGGCUCUCCUUGCUGUCAAGUCGGCCCUCGGCAACCCGCCGGCGCUCUCCGUCUGGAACUCCUCCACACCGUGCUGCUCGUGGGAUGGCGUCUCCUGCGACGCCAUCACCGGCCGCGUCACCGAGCUCACGGUCUUCGCGCUCAACAUCUCGGCGCCCGUACCGGCCGCCAUCGCCAACCUGACCAAGCUGCAGAUUCUCAACCUCGCCUACAACCAGCUGUACGGCCCCUUCCCGUCGUUCCUCGGCCCGCGCGCGCUCCCCGACCUCACCUUCCUCCGCCUCGACGGCAACCGCCUCAGCGGCGCCAUCCCGCCCACCGCCACCGUCUUCAACCUCCUCCUCGAGGGCAACCUCCUCACCGGCACGCUCCCGUCCACGUUCGGCGCCGCCGCCUUCGGGGAGGUGGGCGUCGCCGGCAACCAGCUGAGCUGCUACAAGAUUAUUGCUAACAGCUGCGACGCGUCGAUGUUGUUUGGCGCCAAGAAGAAGCUGAACGCGCUGCGGCUGUCCCGCAACCGGUUCGCGUUCGACCUCGGCAGCGUGGAGCUGCCCGAGGGGCUGGACAUCCUGGUCAUCGACCACAACAUGGUGUACGGGAGCAUCCCGCCGGCGGCGGCGGCGGCGGGGAGGAAGUGGCUGGCGUUCGACGUCAGCUACAACCAGCUGUGCGGGCCCAUACCGCAGGGGCGGUACACGCACCGGUUCGGGGCCAAGCACUUCGCCGGGAACAAGUGCCUCUGCGACCGCCCGCUGCCGCCGUGCAGCAGCUAGCUUAAGCACGAACCCAGGCACUGCCCACUGAUCGAUUGGUUAUUACGUAAUUUGCGAUUGUUGCUGCAUCGCAGACAUCCUUUUCCUCAAUUUACUUUGAGAUCAUUAAUCAUCAUUAAUAAAUUGUCAGUGAUAAGCUGGCUUAGCCUA